UUACCCAACCCUUCCCCUUUUUUCAACUGGUAGUUGAGUACAGCACCGUUUCCGUUAAAUGAAACGUUCCAGAACGUAAAAACGUACUGAAUGCAGCCCAGGUUCAGUGAUCCUUUCCCAUUUUUUUGUUGACUUGUUCUAGUGAAGUGUAGACUGAAGUUAAGUGUUUUGCUUAUUGAGUAGGAUAUAAAUGAUACCCCCGCUCGUUUUACCAGGCUUUGUGCGUUUUGCUUAGAAAGUAAUCACGUUCAGAACUUUAAAAGGAGGCUAGUAGACAUGUUGUUGGCGAAGCAGAGCCAGCAUUGGCAAGCUAACCUUCAAGCUUAGGUUAUAGUAGCUAGAAAGAUAGGUACAUAUUGUCCUCUCCUGGGUAAAGAGAACCGCGAUGAAGGAUCCUCUCCAGUAGUUGACUACGUUGAUCAGUUGGUGAAAUUAGGAUUUUCUGGGUUUACGCAAACGAGUUGCAUUGCAAGUCACAAGCCAAACUAACUAGAUAGCCAGCUCAACUGUCAAAGCAACGUACAGUAGCGAUUGAUUCGGAAGAAACAACCCCUUUACACACUUUGCCCCUGAUGACAGAAUCUGAUCAACUGUCUGUCUUGUACUGUCUUGUACUUCGAUAUAUGGUCACCAGCCUGCCAGAGCACUGGAAGCCAGGUCCAGACUUCUACGGCGUGUCCUGUGAACCCGUGCUGGUCACUGCAGGUGCCGGGGUCAUCGGCUUCCUCUUCUGGAGCAGCAUUCUAUCUGUCAAAAGCAAGUCAUAUCUAAAGAUGGUGGACAGGAUGAAAAAGCUUGAACAAGAGAAUAAGGAGAUACUCCAGAAGGUCGCUGAACUGCAGCAACAGGGCGAAGAACUUAAAGAAAAGCAAAAGCUGUCUGAAAAAUCUGCCACUUUAUCUCUGGAGAAGAUCCAGGAAUUGGAGAAUAUUGUGCAAGAGAUGGAGAGACAAAAUGAGCGCCUGGACGAGGAAAAUAACUUACACGCCAUAUCCUUUGACAAAGAGCAGGCCAGUACUGCGAAACAUGAAGAUACGAUAUCCGAAAUGGACAAAACCAUUGAGAAGAAGACGACCCAGGACGCACUCUCAAAGUCUACCAUUCUGAUGGAUGAAGCCAAGCUCCGCGAAGAUGCCSGGAAUGUCCAGCACCAGGUUCUGGAGAAGGAUAUUGCCACCCUGAAGGAGGAGAACCUCUCGCUGCACCAUGCUGCCAAGUUGUGGGAGGAGAAGCACAGGGAGACAAGCGAGCAGAUCAAAGUCUACCAGAAGUCCCAGAAAGACCUGGAGGAUUCCCUCGUUCAAAAGGACCACACCGUUGAGGUUCUAUCUGACCUGCUAGGAGACCUGGAGGCCUGCGAUGACCUGAAAGGUGGAGUUGUGGCUAACGGGGAAGCCUCUAACGACAAGCAGACCAUCAUCCAAAACCGCAUUAAGCAAAUGAUGGAUGUCUCUCGGGUCCUGACCACUAUGUCUGUCGCGAUCGCUUCAUGACCAAGCUCCUGAACGAAGAGAAGUCCAGGAAAGAGCUGGAAGAGCAAUUUCAGAAGCUGGAGCAUGACAUCUUGUUGGUGAAAAGUGACAAGAACCACCUGGAGAACCAGUACAAGACCCUGCAGCAGAAGAAUG